AUGUACAUGUGCAAAGGUAAGUUGACGAGCUUCGCGAAGGCCAAGCGCGAGCAGAGGAAAUUGGAGGUGCGGCAGGAAAAGCGGGAUUUGGAGGAGAAGUUCCGGGCGCUCGAGGAGGAACUGAAAGCCAAGCAUCAAGUUGAGCUCCAGCAGCUGCCAGGGGAGGAGGAUUCUGUUGAGGCCUCCAACCAAGUGGAUGGCAAUGGAUACGACAGCUUGGACAUGGAGGGAGGUACAAGAAAAGCACGUCUGCAAAAGAAGAAAGACUUGCUGGCAGAGAUCGAGAAGGAGUUGCGGGAAGAGGGCACCUGA